AUGUUCAAAUACACAAUUUUUCUCUUGGUUGGCUUGUGCGUGGCUACGUUCGCCCAAGAAAAUCAAGCGCCUGAACAUAUAAACUGCACAGGAUACCCAGAGCCCGCAGUGGGUAUUCCUUCUCUGGCUCGCACUGAGGAUUUCCAGGCGAAGAACAGUAGUGCAGACGCUAUUCCCACCGUAACUGAUUCUAUGGACUCGCAAGCGAAGGACAAUAGUACAACACCAAAGCCCCAAGAUGCUACUACCACACAGGCUGGCUGUAAGAACUCGCAAGCGAAGGACAAUAGUACAACACCGAAGCCCCAAGAUGCUACUACCACACAGGCUGGCUGUAAGAACUCGCAAGCGAAGGACAAUAGUACAACACCGAAGCCCCAAGAUGCUACUACCACACAGGCUGGAUCUAAGGACUCGGAAGCGAAGGACAAUAGUACAACACCAAAGCCCCAAGAUGCUACUACCACACAGGCUGGCUGUAAGAACUCGCAAGCGAAGGACAAUAGUACAACACCGAAGCCCCAAGAUGCUACUACCACACAGGCUGGCUGUAAGAACUCGCAAGCGAAGGACAAUAGUAAAACACCAAAGCCCCAAGAUGUUACUACCACACCGGCUGGAUCUAAGGACUCGCAAGCGAAGGACAAUACUACAACACCAAAGCCCCAAGAUGUUACUACCACACAGGCUGGCUGUAAGGACUCGCAAGCGAAGGACAAUGGUACAACACCAAAGCCCCAAGAUGCUACUACCACACAGGCUGGCUGUAAGAACUCGCAAGCGAAGGACAAUAGUACAACACCAAAGCCCCAAGAUGUUACUACCACACCGGCUUGA